AUGUCCUACUACUUCACCAUCUUCUCCCCAACCGACACCCCCCUCUUCACCCACGAAUUCGGCACCUCCCGCUCCUCCGGCGACGGCACCGCCCACUUCAACGCAACAGACCGCCACCUCGCCCCCUUCAUCCUCCACUCCGCGCUCGACAUCCUCGAAGAAGUCCAAUGGGGGCCCUCCUCCACCGCUGGCUCCGCCCCAAUGUACCUCAAGCACAUCGACAAGUACGCGAAUAACUAUGUCAGCUGCUGGAUCACGGGGGCGAAUGUGCGGUUUUUGCUGCUGACGAGGCCGAGGGAUGAGGUGCUUGGGGAGGUGGACUGGGAGGGCAGAGGGGAGUCUUGCCGGGGAAGAUUGGGGGUGGGGGGCGUGUAUAGGCCUGAUGCGCCGGCGACGGAGGAGGCGGUGAAGAAUUUCAUGGUCGAUGUGUAUGAGAGUUGGGUUAAGACUGUUAUGAAUCCUUUUUUUCACGCUGGGAAUGGGGACGUGGUUAAGAGCCCGGUGUUUAGGGCGAGGGUGGCGGCUGCGGCGAAGAAGUAUCUGUGA